AUCGACCACCGUCCCGAGACUUCGUGAGUAGAGCCUCAUCCAUCUCUCUUCACUUUUUUUUUUAUAUCAUCCACCUCCCUCCCUCACUGGACAUUGCACACUAUCGUCUUAGUGUAGCAAUCCACAUCACACACAUCCUUCACAAUGCUAACAACAACACACAGUCCAUAUGCCAGCCCGGCAUGCAACCUCCCCUUCGCCAGCCCUAUGGUGGUUGCCCUUGAUGUCCUCAAGAACAAGGCCCCCAAGCUCUAUGCCGCCUACGACAGCCAGAGCCCAGAACUCCCAACCGUUUCCGAGGAGAUUGGCCAUGUCAUUGUCCACUACCUCUACACCAACAAGUACGAGUCUCUCAAGCCUCUGGGUGCCGAUAAGCUGGCCAAGCAAAUAGUCGAGCUCAAGACGGCCAUCAAGGUCUACAUCUUGGCCCGUGCCUACGAGCUCCCCGACCUUGUUCGUCUUGCCGAGCGUAACAUUGAGAAGUUUGGCGAUGGCAUGGCCCUUCCCACCCUCCUUGAGGUCGCCAGUGACGCGUACCCGAGCCUUGUCGAUACCGACCAGUGGUUCAUCGGCUACCUCAAGAAGCGUAUCAGACUCCACCUCAACGAUGCCAGCUCCCUCCUCGGCACCGAUCUCUUGAACCGCCUCAGCCACAUCCUUUCCCCCAACAAGAUCCUGCUCAGGAUCGUUCUCGAGGUCUGCUGCGAGCAGAUGACCAACCCCAAGCAGGGCCUUGCCAGCCCCAUCACCACGGCCGAGUCUUCCCGAGCCACCUCCAGGACAAGGGAUGUCUCUCAAGACGAACGCAAGCAGUCUCCUCUCGCCGAGGAGGCCACACCUGAGGUCGAGGCCGAGCCUGAGCAGGCUCAAGUUGAGGUCAACAGGGCUCCAUCUGAGCUCGAGGCCGAAACGGUCCCCGAGUCCGAGGUCGUCGCUGCCGUUGUGCCCAAGAGCGAGACCAAGGCCGAGCUUCACGGUCGUGACCGCAAGGAUUCCGGCAAGGAGCUCAGUGACGAGCUUCCCAUCACCCUCAGCACUGAGCCCGUCAUCAAGGAGCUCGACGCUGCUUCUCAUGACCUCCCUUUCCGCCCUCGCGUCAACCGGGAAGCCGACUCUGGCUUCUGGGAGCCUACUACUCCUGGCGAGGCUGAGGCCAGCAAGCGGCACAGCUUCUUGGAGCUGCAGUCUGCUCCUGGCGUUUCCGAGCUUUCGGCCGAGUCCGAGGAGGAUGCCAAGCAGGACAAGGGCAAGGCCGUCGACGCCGAGACCGAGGCCGCCAACCAGUACCUCCACCUUUCCGCCAUUCCCGAGAGCGGCGAGACGGUUGUCGAGUCCACCACUGAGGAUGCGCUCAAGAUCUCUCAGGAGGCUGCCGUUGAGGAGGAUGCCGAACCCCAGACUACAGAGAAGGCUGAGACCACACCUGCUGACAAUGAAGUCGACUCCUCCGAUGUACCUGAGCAACAGCUCGGCGAUGCCGCCGCCGAGAGGCAGGACGAGGCGCAGCAUGAGCAUGAGUCAUCCCCAAUCGCCCUACGUGAUGCCGCAAAGUCCGUUGUCUCCUUCGCGGUCAGCGACGACCAAAAGGCGGAAUUCGGUGUCGUCCAAGAACCCCGGACCGUUGGUGCCGAUGCGGAGACCAAGUCCACCGCCGGCGACCGCACCGGCGCCGAGCCCGCCGAGUCCGCUCUUGUAUCAGCUCCAAAGGUUUCGUCGAAGAUAGGCGUCUCGGACAAGACCGAGGAGCUGAACGGCGCCGUCCACCCUGGCAUGAACCCCAGGUCCAAGAGCUGGAAGAGGAGACUGAGCAUGCGCGUGCCCGUCCUCUUUGGUCGCGGCAUGUGACUUUCUUCGUGCAUUGAUCAUGACGAUGUUGCGGAUGAUGAUGAUGAUGAUGAUGAUUGCAACGAAUUGAGGGUGUUGCCGCCUAGGAGGAGAUGAAUGAAGGCUGAUGGACAUGACGAUGAACAUCACAUCUCUCUCCUCCCUUUGGCGGCGAGGGAUGCUGUACUAUUUUCCUCUUUCUUUUCUCUGUCUACGGUUCUUUCCUAUGAGCGAUGAUCGCAGCGUGGUUGGGCUGCCGUUUGGUUUUUUGAUCUCAUCUUGUUGUUGUUGUUGUUGUUGUUGUUGUUGUUGUUGUUGGGGCAUGGCAUAUGCAUCUCUGCUUGUUUGUUGUUGCGGCUGCGGUUGCUUU